AUGCAACAAACAUCGCAUCAUCCUGAAAUGAGUGCAGUCAUCAGGAAAUGCUGCUCCCGAGCAGCGGGUGGUCUCGUUUCCUCCAGAAGCUAUGCUAAAUUCAGUACCAUACCAUUCAAUUUUAUACAAUAUGCCCCGGGAACACAUGGAAUACCAGAUGCUACCGUUAACAGCAACCAUAAUCAUCAUUAUAUUCAUUAUGAUCUUUCAUUCUCUUCAUUAUCAUCAUCAUCAUCAUCAUCAUCAUUUGUCAUCAAUGAUCAUAUCAUUAUUCAGCUUAUGCUAAUUUUUGCAUCAUACUAA